AUGGAAUUGAUUCGAGCGGCGACUGAUGGAGACGCAUUGAUUGUCCAAGCAUCAUUGGACGAUGGAGCUGACGUAAAUGCAACCGAUCAGUUUCGAUCCAAUAGGACAUCGUUGUAUUUUGCCUGCGAAAGAGGUCAUGCGAAUGUAGUUGAACUGUUGCUACGGCAUGGUGCGAAUGUGGAUGCUCUUGAUAAAUUCAAUCGUACUCCAUUGCGUGUUGCAUGCGACAAAGGCCAUGCGAAUGUUGUUGAAAUAUUGUUGCGGAAUGGUGCAAAUGUGAAUACUGUUGCUGGUGCAAAGAAAUGGAUACCACCAUUACAUGGAGCGUGCGAGAACGGUCAUGCGAAUGUCGUUGAAAUGUUGCUGCUUAGUGGCGCGAAUGUCAAUGCUGUUGAUUACACGAACCGCACUGCAUUGCAGGAAGUGUGCGAUGGCUAUCGACAAAGCGAUGCGAAUAUCGUUGACAUAUUGUUACGGAAUGGUGCUAAUGCGAUUGUCGCUGAUACAAAGAACUGGACACCAUUGCAUGGAGCAUGCAGAAACUAUCAUGCGAAUUUUGUUGAACUACUGCUGCGGCACGUGGAUGUUGUUCUAGAUGAUGACGACAAUAGUAUUGAAUUGAGUGGCCGUAGAUCUUUAUUUGGAGAACAUGGUCGUGGGAAGAUUAUGGAACUAUUUGCUCGGAAUGGUGGAGACAUAAAUGCCAGGGAUUGGAAUGAUGCUACACUGUUACAUGGAGCCUGUGAGAGUGGUGAACUCGACUAUACUGAAGCAUUGCUGGACAAUGGUGCCGACAUGGAAUUGGCGGACGCAGAAGGAUUGACUCCUUUGCUCAUUGCCUGUAUAUCGGGAAAUCGGGGGGUGGUUACAUUACUGCUCGACCAAGGAGCCAGUAUGGAAGCUCGAGACGAGGAUGGAUGCACUCCAUUGCACCAAGCAGCCAAAUAUACAUUUGUUGAUAUCGCUGAGCUCUUGCUGAGUCGAGGAGCUGAUUUGGAAGCAAGGGACGUGCAUGGCAAUACACCCUUACAUUUGGCAUUCGAUGCAAAUAACCCUGUCUCUGUAGAAACUGUGGAACUUUUGAUGGACCAUGGCGCUAGCUUGGAAGCAAGAAAUGACUUUGGUGAUACGCCAUUACUUUCAGUUUGUCGAAGUUGGGAGUACGAUGACAUUGUUGAACGUGCUCGUCUAUUGCUUGACAAGGGUGCUGAUAUGGAAGCAAGGAACAAUACCGGCUGCACGGCUUUGCACAUGUCAUGUUCCAGAGGAGAGGACUUGAGUGUUGCUCGUUUGCUAUUGGAUCAAGGUGCCAGUUUGGAAUCAAGGGACGUUUUUGGUUGCACACCUUUACAUAGUGCAUGUUCGAAAGGCAAAAUCGAGGUUGCCCGUCUGCUAUUGGACCGAGGUACCAAUUUGGAUGCAAGGAACAGUAGCGAUAUGACCCCUUUACACAUUGCAUGUUCCAAAGGUAAAAUCGAGCUUGCUCGUUUGCUAUUGGACCAAGGCGCCUCAUUGGAAGCAAGAAACAAUGAAGACAUGGCAGCUUUGGAUAUUGUAUGUUCCAAAGGCAAUAUCGAGGCUGUUCGUCUACUAUUGGACCAAGCAGUUGCUGAUUCGUUGGAAACGAUGAACGAUAUGGGAUGCAGGCCGUUGCAUUUUGCAGCUCUCAACAAUCGUACUGAUGUUGCUCGCCUACUUCUAGAUCGGGGUGCCAUAGUAGAUUCCAAGACCCUUGCAAGGACGACACCGCUGUCCUUGGCAUGUCAAAAAGGCCACGUGGAGAUGGUAUGGCUGCUGGUGAGGCGAUGCCCAUGGCUUGUAGAUGGACAGGUAUAA